AUGCGACGCCACCACUUCAACUCGAUCGGUACAUAUGUUGCCGCCUGGCGUGCCCACGUUAUCAUAUGUGAGGAAUUAGAGCUUGGUAUCAGCUGGUACGCUGCUACCAAGUUGAGGAUCCACGAGCUCAAGGAAGUGAUGCCCGACUUGUGCGACUUCAUCGACUAUCAAAUUAGGCAACGUCGUCCUACAUCUGGCAGCAUGACUUAUGAGGAAUUCAAUGAUCUAGUCGAUGGUAUCCUUGAUACUCUCUACCAGGGUGACCAAGCUUCUUUCUAA